AUGUCAUCCAGGGCCAGCCUGCGGCUUCGAUCCAAAACUGCCGCCUCUAACGAAGCGACGCGACAAGAUGCGCCCAGCAGCACCGACCCACAACCGCCGCCGCCGCCGCCGCCCAAGGCUGCCAGUCGCCGCAAGCGAGUGGCCUUGAACCGCUCCGAGACCGUCGCAGACCAUUCCGAGUCCUUGGAAGAUGAGAUUCGCGUAGGCGCCAAACGUACGGCUCUCGAGCCCGAGGCGCUGGCCGAUCUUACGUUUCCUCCCUUGAGCUCACCGCCAGCAAAGAAGCCUCGAAGAGGCCGGCCUAGGAAGUCGGUGAGGUCGAACAACGCGAGCCUGGUGAUACUCAUCGAGGAUAAGCCGCCUGCGGGGAAUCCGACUGCUGCACAGGCGCCGCGGGCAGGGAAGCGACGUCGGACGCGGAGCAGCAACUUUACAGACGAGGGAGCCGAGGCAGCUCAAAGAGACAGCCCCGAGCUUGGGAACACAGAUGGCCAGCCGGGUAGCUCUACAAGCGAGGCUAAUACAACACAACGCAGGUCAUCGCUGCAGCGACCGACCUCCAGAGAGCCUCGUCCGUCACGGGCAGUGGAGGUCAACAGCUACGAUGUUCCAGACGAUGAUGAGGAAGACGAGGAGGUGUCGGCGGUUAGGGAGCACGAGCAUAUAUCUCUUGAUUCUUCUGGAAAAGGCGCGCGUGGGCCAGGCGGGAGCCAAGAUCAUAAUGGUGAAGAUGGAGGGCUGGCCCAACAAUCUGAUGACAACGAAGUACACGAACGAUAUGAAGAGCAGGAGCCUGACGAUAUUCCCGAGGAAGAAGCACCAGUGGAUGAUGGACGCCCAAGCCCAAGCCCAAGCGAAAAGACGCCGGCAUGUGAAACCAUCGAACUUCCGUUUGGCCCCGAAAACCCCCAGGAUCACCACUACGUGAAAGUCUACUGCGGUGCACUCCAGACAGCGUUUCUGCAGAUGGGUAAAGAAUGCUGGGCUGGAAGCGGAGACGGGUGGCACUCGAGUUGGAAAUUGAGCGUAAAAUUUGGCAGCACCAAGAAGCUUGCUAUCGCUCUCAGGAAGCUAUACAGCCAACUCGGACAGGCCCCAAUCUACCCUGACGUUGCGAAGCAAGAUGAAUAUCUACGACAAAAUGCCAAGCUCCUCGAGCUUCGGAUCGCAGCGAUAAAUAUCAUGACCGAAGAUCUUUGCGACUCUUUGCCCCGACACAAAAACGCCAGGGCUCUUGCUGAAGACGUGACCAAGAGUAUCGUUCCUGCUGGAAUUGUUCUACUGCGGGAGGCGUUUGUCAUUGGCGGGAUGAGUACCGAAUUGGUGCUCAGUAGUCGCCGGUGCGCCUACAUGUCCCCAACGACGGUGGCGAUUGCCAACCACGUCAUAGGAUGGCUGAAUGCCUUGACGGACACGGUAGUGAGACGUGUGACUCCGGCACGCGAUGCUGGCAUGAAGGAUGUUCGUGCGCAGAUAUCACGAGAGGUCCUCGUCGACUGCCUCAAACAACUACAAGAGGGGAGGGGGGGUUUGGCUGAAUCGCAAGCCAAGUUCGAAGUGAUCGCCGAGACUGAGCGCGUGGAACAAGAGUGCCAGGAGGCGGAAGCUGAGGUCCAGAGGGAGGCGGCGAAUCACGACGCGGCCAUAAAGCGGAACAGACAGAUGGAGGCACAGGCUCGAUACGCUACCAACGACGACCAGUACAUGGCCUUCUGCCGGUCAACGCAGAAUCUCGGGCCCGACCCGCUAUGGGAACACCGCAGGCGCAAGAUGCAGGCGAGCAUGCUCGCCUUUGGUCUUGCGGCGGAUGAGGGGUACGGGGUUUCACGACAACCGAUGGCGGUCGCCAAGGCACUUAAAACGGAGCAAAAGCCUACUGCGCGCCGACUAGAUGCUAGGCCCCCUGUGUUGGAUGAGCAGGGUGAGCCCAGCGAGGAGGAGAAGAAGGUGAUUCUCGAACACGUUGUGAAGAACCCCCGGUUCAAUGUCGAUGCCGUUGCGCACGAGCUCGGCUGGGCGCCGGAUCACGUCCGGAGGUGGAGGGAUAUCCUGGUUAACAGAGCAAGGAAGGCCUACCAAGCAAGGGGUUUCUCUGUCAGUCGGUUGCCUAAAUGGCUUGCUUGA